AUGGCAUUCGCAGAUUGGGGACGUGAGGGACCCUCAGACUAUAUGCUUAAGAUGCAGAAGCAGUUUCAGGGCAAUGGCAAGAUAGGGGAGUACUGGGCUCACACGGCCAAGGUAUUCUCGGUCGCCUGGAGCUGUGAUGGCAGUCGCCUGGCAUCAGGCUCCCUUGAUAAGAUGGCCAGCGUCUUCCGCCUCACGGGAAACAGCCUGGUGAGGGAAUACGGCUAUGAAGGCCACGUAGACAGCAUUGACCAUCUGUGCUGGCACCCGAGCAACCCCGACCUUUUUGUUACGGCCUCAAAGGAUAGGAGCGUUCGCGUUUGGGAUGUACGUAAGACCAAGUGUGCGAGCAUCAUCAGAACCAAAGGCGAGAACGUGAAUAUUUGCUGGAGUCCUGAUGGCCGCACCAUUGCAGUGGGGAGCAGAACGGAUGUAGUUACCUUCCUUGAUGUCCGCACUCGCCAGGCCAAGGCGGAGGAGCACUUUCAGUACCAGGUCAAUGAGAUAUCCUGGAAUAAUGAUAAUACGCUGUUCUUCCUUACCGGUGGCAACGGCUACAUCAUGAUCCUCAGUUACCCUGACUUGAAGACUGUGCAGUCACUCAACGCCCAUACUUCUAACUGCAUCUGCAUCAAGUUUGAUCCGACUGGCAAGUAUUUUGCCACGGGAAGUGCUGAUUCCCUGGUGAGCCUUUGGGAUCUUGACGAGUUGGUGUGUGUGAGGUGCCUCUCCAGGCUGGAUUGGCCUGUGACAACCCUCAGUUUCAGCCAUGAUGGGAAAAUGAUUGCAUCUGCAUCUGAGGAUCAUUUCAUUGAUAUUGCUGAAGUGGAGACAGGAGACAAGAUUUGGGAGAUAAAGUGUCAGUCUCCAACUUUCACUGUGGCCUGGCAUCCCAAAUUACCACUGCUCGCUUUUGCCAGUGAUGACAAAAAAGGUACACCAGAAGCUCAGCAGGAAGCAGGAACUGUGAAACUGUUUGGCCUUCCUAAUGACUCAUAA